GACGGCCGGGGGCUAGGGGGCGGUGCCUCCCGUCGGUACAGUCAUCUCUGCUCGUUCGGCGGGACUGAUGGCCGGAGAGAUGACGAUUUUAGGUUCAGCUGUGUUGACUCUCCUCUUGGCUGGCUACUUGGCACAACAGUAUUUACCGUUGCCUACUCCAAAAGUAAUUGGCAUUGACCUGGGUACCACCUAUUGUUCUGUUGGUGUGUUUUUUCCUGGGACGGGAAAAGUAAAGGUGAUUCCAGAUGAAAAUGGGCAUAUCAGCAUCCCCAGCAUGGUGUCCUUUACUGAUGGCGAUGUAUAUGUGGGCUAUGAAAGCCUGGAGCUAGCAGAUUCAAAUCCUCAAAACACAAUAUAUGAUGCUAAAAGGUUUAUAGGGAAGAUGUUCACCCCAGAAGAAUUGGAGGCUGAAAUUGGCAGAUAUCCAUUUAAGGUUUUACACAAAAAUGGAAUGGCUGAGUUUUCUGUAACAAGUAAUGAAACCAUCAUCGUUUCUCCAGAAUAUGUUGGGUCUCGAUUAUUGCUAAAAUUGAAGGAAAUGGCAGAGGAAUACCUUGGAAUGCCAGUUGCCAACGCUGUCAUUUCUGUACCAGCAGAAUUUGACCUAAAACAGAGAAAUUCAACAGUUCAAGCUGCCAACCUUGCUGGCCUGAAGAUCUUGAGAGUGAUAAACGAGCCGACAGCAGCAGCUAUGGCCUAUGGGCUCCACAAGGUCGAUGUCUUCUAUGUGCUGGUCAUAGACUUGGGUGGAGGAACUCUUGAUGUGUCCUUGCUGAAUAAACAAGGAGGAAUGUUUCUAACACGAGCAAUGUCUGGAAACAACAAGCUUGGGGGACAAGACUUCAAUCAGAGGCUUCUUCAGUAUUUAUAUAAACAGAUCUAUCAGACAUACGGCUUUCUUCCUUCCAGGAAAGAGGAAAUCCACAGAUUAAGACAAGCUGUGGAAAUGGUCAAACUUAACUUGACACUUCAUCAGUCUGCUCAGGUAUCGGUUUUACUCACUGUCGAGGAAAAGGACAGCCAGGCACCUCAGAAUGGUGACUCUAAUCUGCCAAAAGACCAGCUUACCCCAGGGGAUGGUCACCAUGUGAACAGAGUGGUUAGAUCUGGCCUGUCGGACAGCAAGAGUGGAAAAAGUCAGGUGUUGUUUGAGACAGAAGUAUCACGCAAGCUCUUUGACACCCUCAACGAAGAUCUCUUUCAGAAAAUACUCGUGCCCAUUCAGCAAGUGUUAAAAGAAGGCCACCUAGACAAGACGGAAAUUGAUGAGGUGGUUCUGGUUGGAGGCUCUACUCGGAUUCCUCGGAUCCGCCAAGUCAUUCAAGAGUUCUUUGGGAAGGAUCCCAACACGUCUGUAGACCCCGACCUGGCAGUGGUAACAGGUGUGGCCAUCCAGGCGGGGAUUGACGGUGGCUCUUGGCCUCUCCAAGUCAGUGCUUUAGAAAUUCCCAAUAAGCAUGUACAGAAAACCAAUUUCAACUGAACUCUGAGGGAGUGCUGGUAACUGUGAUCUUGUCUAGUGAUUUGAUGCUCUCCAUUGUGAAGCCUCCUCCAGAAAGGAAGUACAUGAAAUAGCUCACAGAGUACCCUGAGGACAUUUAUACAGGAACAUUUUGCAUAAUGUUUUAUUUUAGACUUGAAUAUGACCAGAUGAGCCCUGUUUGUGUUUGGAGAACUCUCAUCAUAUUUCUAAAGUGACAGAGUUGAGGUUAGAUGCUUCUCUGGAUUCUGGAAGAAGGUAACGAGUCACACACACACUAUUCUGGAAACAGUAAAUAGUGCCAACUCUAAGGCCCCCAGAUUUUACUGAAUUUUAUUAGGGCUGACAGUUCUUUACUUGGUUAUUACAGGUAACUCCUAAGUUGGUCUACACUUGAAGGACUGGUGAUGUCAGUUCUUUACAUUGGCUGGGAGGUCGCAGUGUUAUUUAACUGAAUAGAUAGUAUUCAUCGACUGCCAUAUAAAUUGUACUUUCAAAAAUUCACUUUUUAUGUGUUAUAUUCUCCUAAUCUACAGAUUUUAAAGUGUUUAAAAGACCAGUUCUUCUAAAAUAGCUACAGAUUUAUUCAGAUCUUUUCUGCCAGAUAGUAGAAAUUCCCAGUUUAUAUUAUCGUUCCUUUAUCUUCAAUGUGUCAUCCUCCGCUUGGAUUUUUACAAUUCUGCUUGGUAAGAAAACAGUAGGGUGUUAUCAGUUGCCUUUUCAAAGUGCUAUUGUCACAAUAAAGCUGCAUUCCUCUCUCGGUUUUUGCUAUCCAGGACCUUUGCACAGAUCAAAUAUUGUAGCAGUUAUUUGUAUUUUGUUAUGUUGUUUUUUUUUUUUUUUUCCAUUUUUCCUAGGGCCAAACCUAGAAGUGCAAGAAUAUAUCCAACUAUUCUGGAAACUGAGGCGGGGAAUGCUCACACCAAGUUCCAGGCCUGUCUGGGCUACCCAGGACGUUCUAGGCCAUCCUGGGCA